AUGCGACUUCACACAGCUGCAGCUGCGGAUGUUGCAACAACUGAUAUGCGUUACUUGCAUGACCUCAAUUGUCAAGUUGCACAAAAAAGACGUUCGAUUAGCUUGGCUCAACAGCUCGACAGGGAUGAGUGUAAUCAACAUUUCAUGGUAUUUGAUACAUUCUGGGGUCGUCCCGGCCAUGGGGCACCACCAGUGCAAACAAAUAGAAAAUCAAAAUUGGACAAUUUGCUUUAUGGCACCCCCGGUUGUACCUCCGAAUAA